UCUCUCUCUCUCUGCUUUCUCCCUCUAUCUAUACAUACACAAGAAACGUUAUCUGAUCUCUCUCUCUCUCUCUCUCUCUCUCUCAGUAUAAUUAUUUCAUACCUGUUCUCAGACAAAAUGCCGGCUGCUCAAGUGAUGUCUGAGAAUGUAUUUGCUGCCGGGGUUUGUCCCUUACCCAAAGAAAUCACUUCGCCCGCCUUCACUAAAAGAUUAGAAGGGAAGGUUGCAAUUAUAACGGGUGGAGCUAGAGGGAUUGGGGAGGCGACGGUGAGGCUGUUCGCCAUGCACGGCGCCAAAGUGGUGAUAGCCGACGUGGAGGACGUGCUGGGCAAGGCGCUGGCGGAGGCGCUGUCACCGUCGGUCACCUACGUCCGGUGCGACGUCAGCUCCGAGGAAGACGUGGAGCGCCUAAUCGAAUCCACGGUGUCGAGGCACGGCGGCCUGGACAUCCUGUUCAGCAACGCCGGCGUGCUGGGAAACCAGUCGAAGCGGAAGAGCAUUCUUGAUUUCGACGCGGCGGAGUUCGACAGAGUAAUGAGCAUCAACGUCCGGGGCGUGGCCCUGGGCAUGAAGCACGCGGCGCGGGCCAUGAUCCCCCGCGGCGGCGGCUGCAUCAUCUCCACCUCCAGCGUGGCGGGGGUCAUGGGCGGGAUGGGCCCACACGCCUACACCGCCUCCAAGCACGCCAUCGUCGGGCUAACCAAGAACGCCGCCUGCGAGCUCGGCCGGUACGGGAUAAGGGUGAACUGCAUAUCCCCCUUCGGGGUGGCCACCUCCAUGCUAAUCAACGCAUGGCGCCAUUCCCCCGAAGAAGAGGAAGAGAACGAGAUCAGCUUUGGGAUGCCGCCAUUGGAGAACGAAGUGGAGAAGAUGGAGGAGUUCGUGAGAGGGCUGGGGAACUUGAAAGGCGCGACUCUAAAAGCUCGAGACAUUGCAGAAGCAGCUCUUUACUUGGCAAGUGAUGAAUCUAGAUAUGUGAGUGGGCACAAUCUUGUUGUGGAUGGUGGGGUUACUACCUCCAGAAAUUGUGUAGGAUUGUAACCCGGCCCCAAACUCACAUGACUUUUUUUUUUUAAUUCUUAUUUUUUUAUUAAAUCAAUUGUAAAGAUCCAGCAUCGAAUCUCUCUAGUGGAACAAUAUUGAUAUCAUCCUUUAUUAA